AUGUCGGAUCAAGGCACUCAGCCGGUAAACAGGGUGGAGAUCUAUGGAUCCUGUGACUGGGAGGCUACAAUCGAAUUCAUCACUCGUAUGAUUGACCAGGCUCAGAGGCAGCCCUCAAAAGCACCCAGAGGCGACCGAGCUGGUCAGUCGGAGGCCAUCAAACUUGAUCCCAAUCGCCAGCUGUCGGUUUGGAAGCUGGUGACCAAAUACUACGACGCCUUACUGGAAAUUCGAUGUUUCUCGAUUGAGACCAGAGGAACGGUUCGGCCAACCACAGCGCAUGCUAUCGUGAUUUUAUGCGCAAGUGACGAUAAGGGUCGCUUGUCGUUCGUCCUCAAGUCAUUCAAAUCAGAGGAACAGAUAGCUCAUUCGCGGCUUGUAAUCGUCGAUUUGGAAUCUGAACAACUCGAAGAGGAUGAAGAGUGGCAUGCAAUUUGUUUUGAGCAUGGCUUCGAAUGUCACAGUUCGUCGGAUCUAGAUGAAGCUUCGAUGUCCUGGCAAUGCUGCCCUUGGCCCUCGAUCCAACGAAACUCUCAGGCAGUUUUCUCGGGUAGCCUCAGCCCCCUUUUAGAACUCGAUCACACCCAAUUUGUAUCUCCAGUAUCUCUCCUCUCUAAUCCGCAAACCGGAACUUACGAUCAAUCUCGGAAUGACUUCGACAAAGAUAUACCUAAGGGCCCGGCUCGCUUGACAAAUUCAGAGGUCGGCAGUACAGAUCCAGCGCCCUGUCCGAACAACUCAGAAGCCAACAAAUUCGAAGAUGAUUUUUCGGACUUCGUCUCGGCUGGUACCAGCUCAACUCAGUGGGAUGAUCAGAAUGUCGAUACCGUCAAUGAUACUGAUGAUGAUACUGAACAAAUUAGCUCGCUUGAAGUAGAAGAAAUGGUUCACAAGCUCUUUGGACAGAAUCUCCCCUCUAGCUCAGCAGACGGACACGGCGAUCUUGAAAGCUUAGUUUCUCAACUCGAUCUAUUGAAGCUCGAGGCUGCGGGUAUGGAUCAUCGAUCGCGUAAACGGUUGGCAUCUCGAGUGGCCAUGGCUGUUGAAAGUCAACUGGGCCCUGAUUAG